AUGAUUGAGGUUAAAACAGAUGCUGUUAAUGACUUAGAAUAUCAGAAAAAUUCUGCAAGAGUGCUUGAAAGUAUAAAGAAUAUGCUAAGUGAUAACAAAACCAUCUACAAGAUUGAUUACCACGAACCUGCAGGUGCUUCGAAGGACGUUGCAAAGCUCCGAAAUGAGAGAUUGGAGGAUGGCGGAAAGGCGAUGAUACUCAAAAUAAACGAUGAGUUUAAGCUGUUUGUGCUAAGCGCUGCCAAAAUAAUAAGCUUUAAGAAAAUAAAGGCAAGAUUUAGUAGUAAGAAGGUAAGAUUUGCUAACAAUGAAGAGUUAAAAGCAUUGACGGGUCUUGUCCCAGGUUGCAUACCACCCUUUGGGCGUCCUAUUCUUCCACUUGACAUUUUCCUGGACAAUUCAAUACUGGAAAAUAAUACAAUAUGUUUCAACGCAGGUUCUUUGACUGCCUCCAUUGAGAUGAGUGUGGAAGACUACCUAAAGCUUAUAAACGGUGAGCGAUUUGAUUUUUCAGAAUAG